GCUCAGGUGGGCGCCGCUGCAGUGACUCCUUCCUCACCGCGUGGUUGCUGCGUACCCGGCGCUGCGAGGAGUUCUUGCUGGUAGUUUUCUCAUUUGUGGGGAUUACACGUUGAGUACCACCAGGUUUGAGUACUGUUUUAAGUAUCGUGCAGCUGCAAGCUCGCCACGGAAUCUGCGCUCUAGAGCCUUCGCUGCGGCCCCCUGGUUCGUGCAUCCUCCAAACAGAUUAAGAGGGAAAUUGUCAAAUCCCGGGCCUCUCUCUGGCGGGAUCCAGCGGAGAAACAGCUGGAGAGAGCGACUGGAUCUAGCCAGCUUGCAGCCAUGAAUGAAUGGAUGAGGAAAGGCCCUUUAGAAUGGCAAGAUUACACGUACAAAGAAGUCAAAGUGACAGCCAGUGAGAAGGAGUAUAAAGGAUGGGUUUUAACCACAGACCCAGUUUCUGCCAAUAUUGUCCUUGUGAACUUCCUGGAAGAUGGCAGCAUGUCUGUGACUGGAAUUAUGGGCCAUGCUGUGCAGACCGUUGAAACUGUGAAUGAAGGGGACCACAGAGUGAGCGAGAAGCUGAUGCAUUUGUUCAUGUCUGGAGACUGCAAGGCCUACAGCCCUGAGGAUCUGGAGAAGAGAAAGAACAGCCUAAAGAAAUGGCUCGAGAAGAACCACAUCCCCAUCACUGAACAGGGAGAUUCACGAAGGACGCUGUGUGUGGCUGGGGUUCUGACGAUAGACCCACCCUAUGGUCCAGAAAAUUGCAGCAGUUCUAAUGAGAUUAUUCUAUCCCGCGUUCAGGAUCUUAUUCAAGGACAUCUUGCAGUUUGCCAAUGAGAGGCCAAGAACUGUGGAUGCAUCGAUUAAAAUAACACUUCAUUUUUAUUUUUUUGCUUCAUAAAAUGUUUUGAAUGUUAAAUCCAUCAUAUUACAGGACUUCAAAGGCACACCAUUGUGUGUGUGAGUUUUAAUUCUCCAUUGUUUUGGUAAAAUCAAAGAUGUAGAUUAUAAGUCCUAAUAAAUAAGCGAACUAUGGCAAGGAUAGCAUCACACGCAACAGAAUAGCACAAGGACGUUAGAAUUUUAAGAGUUUUGUUGGCAGGAGUACACCUCCAUUUUUGUUAGGCAAUAAAUGUAUUUGGAAGAAACACAACAUGUUAGAUUCAAUGUAAGAUGUCUUGUUAAGUCCCUUGCACUAACUGUAUGUGUUGGUUUUAAAAUAUUUACUGUGUAAGAAUGAAAUAUCGCUUUUGAAUCAGAAUAUAUUGGAAUAUAUGCUCUUUUGGUUGAAA